AUGGAUCGUUUCGAUACUUAUAUCCCAAAGAUUAAUAGUUUGAGCGACUUGCUUCAAGCAUACCAAGAGUUGAAUGUUGUUGUGAUCACUACAAGUAUACUGGCAUUGGUACUGUCCGUGUACUUGUUGAUCAAGAUCAGAAUGUUGCGCUGUAUCGUGCUGGACGUUGAGGGCCUGCACGAGUGCACAAAGAAGGGCGUGGGCAAGCCCAUCGAUCAAGCGUUCGAGACAAUCAUUGCCGAGCUGGCCAAGAAGUACCCUGGCUUCAUCAACACCAAGCCCCAAUGGAUCCUCUUCAACGGCGGCGGCGCCAUGGGCCAGAUGGCCGUGCUGCACGGCUCGCUCUCCGAGUACAUGAUCCUGUACGGCUCGCCACUCUACUCGCAGGGCCACUCGGGCCGCUACCUGAUGGACGUCUACGACUUUAUGAUCCAGGGCGAGACCAAGACCUACUUCCCCGGCGAGUUCACGCCCAAGGUGUUCAAGGCGGGCACCUACUCCUACCUGCCCAGACUGGUUGCCAAGGGCUACUGCUGCGAGAGAGAAAGCUACAUGGUGGAGUACGGCCGUGGUAUCAUCCCACUCGCUCUGCCAUACUUCCUCUUUUCCUCGAUCUUUGUAACUCUUGACAUCAUCCCAUGGUUGACCGCAUGCUAUCACGUUGGCUACCAAGUCACCAAGAACCUCUUAUUAAGGAGAAAGAUCUAA